AUGGACGACUUCAAUGUUGGUGGAAGCGGUGGUAUGGGUGGAAUGAGCGGUGCACCACCGCCUGAGGAGGAUUUCUCGAAAUUGCCAAUCGAAGAGCGGCUAAAAAGCAAGGUAAGCAUCUGGAAGUCAAGAAUGACCUUUGACUGGUCUCACGAUGAGGCCUUGAAAGGCUUUUGAAUGCAUGUAUGCUAAUCGUGUCUCAUCUUUCACAGUUGUGGAAAGCUCGCGUGUCGGCGUACGAAGACUUGAAUCGGCAAUUCUCUCGUUCGGCAUCGGAGAAGGAUGCAGUGUUUCGGCCUUACACAAGGAAUCCUGACGUCGUCAAAGCCAUGGCCACAGACUCGAACGCAGUCGCGCAAGAAAAGGGUACGGAGGCUAUCAGAACAUUCGUUGAAUUUGGCGGCAAGGAGGCUGGAUCGUGAGUGUGCGCUGCGGCCUCGGAAUCCUGUGGAGCACGAUGCGCUGCUUUGGUUUGCACAAUCCGCAUUUAGAAAAUCACGUUAAUGCUGUAUUCUGUUUCCAGCACUCGUGAAUCCGUCUUGCCAUCAUUGGUAGAAAAAUGCCUGGGCUCGAUGAGGGCGGGCACAAAGAAGGCUGCUCUAGAAGCAACUUUGUUCUACGUCGAGAAUGAGGACGUCGCUGGCUCCGAAGGCGUCGUUGUAAGUCCUUCUCUUCUCUGCGGCAGCGUUUCACCAGCUGAUUGGUUACGCACGCUACAUCGGACAGGCCGACCUCAUCAAAGGCACAGAAGCAAAGCAGCCAAAGGUGGUUCUUGCUGCAGUGACGGCUUUGAAAGAGUCGAUUCGGUGCGUCGCUCCACAAUCCUUUGCACGCGCGAGUCAAGAUUUUGAACGUCUUUUGAUUCACUCGAUUUAGGCUAUUCGGACCAAAGCAAGUUCGGCCAAAGCCGAUCUUGACGAAGCUGAAGGAUCUGUUCGCGCACUCGGACAAAGGCGUACGUUCAGAGGCCGGCUUGCUAGCCGUCGAGCUGCACCGAUGGAUCGGCGCGGCUCUGACUCCGACGCUGAAUGAGUUGAAAGAGAUACAAGCAAAAGAGCUCAAAGCACAAUUUGAAGCGGCAGGCGACUCAUACACGACGCCGGAACGGCAUCUUCUCUCGAAUAAAGCAGCGGCGGCAGCAGCGGCAGAGGCAGCGAAUGGUGGGAACGGUGACGGCGAAGGAGCAGACGGCGGUGGCGAGGCCCCAGAAGCGGAGCCAGUCGAUCCUCUUGAGUUUGCUGAGCCGCAAGAUCCCCUCAAGCAUGCAGAUUUCCCCAGCAAUUUUGACGAAUUACUAGCGUCCAAGAAGUGGCAAGAGCGCAAGGAAGCAGUCGAUGGUCUCCUCAAAGCACUUCAAAGCAUCCCGAAAGUCCUCGCGACACCCUCUUUAGAUGGCCCAAUUGAUGCGUUGAUCGAAAAGAUCAAGAAAGACGUCAACAUCAACGUGGCGCUUGGUUCUUGCCAGGCUCUCACCCUGCUUGCCAAGGGAAUGCGAGAGAACUUUGCCAAAUACAAAGACAGAGCCCUGCCAGCCUUGCUCGAGAAGCUCAAAGAGAAGAAGGAGAGCAGCGUCAAGAUCAUCACCGAGACGCUGGAUGCCUUGUUCCUGACCGUGAGUAGACCACGGCUUGUGCUAGGUCUGAUCUCGCUUUGACCACGUCCGUCCUAUCGGUAUCUCAGGUCUCGUUAAGCGAUAUCCUGGAAGAUACCUUGGCAGCCUCAAAGCACAAGAAUCCCGCUAUCAAGACUGAAGCCAUCAGAUUCUUGGCGCGUUGCCUAGCUGAGACGCGCUCAAUGCCUGCCAAAGGCGAUCUCAAACCUAUAGCAGAAGCUCUUAUGGGCGCGAUGGAUGACAGUUCGCCGGAUGUACGAGACGCUGGCGCGCAAGGUCUCGGAACUCUAAUGAAGCUCAUCGGAGAGCGGCCGAUGAAUCAGUUCAUUGAUGCUCUGGAUGAUAUCAAGAAGGGCAAAGUGCAAGAUCAAUUCAAGGUUGCGACUGUCAAGGUCAAGACCUCCAAGCCGGCUGCAGCAGCCCCUGCUAGGGCGGCCCCAGCCGCAUCUGCAUCUGCGCCACCGAAGCCACGCCUAGCGCCUCCAAAGGUAAGACAAGGUUACGACGUGUUCUUCAAAUAUGUGGCCCUGACCAAACAAUGGUUUCUGCAGAAACCCGCUCCUGCGAACAAGGAGAACAUGCCUCCCGCAGGAAGCGAGGCUUCGGCUCCAAGCUCUUCGCGAGGCCCGACUGCGCCAGUCGCCAAGCCUCCGGCUCGUCUCAUGGUAAGCACGACGAUUUGAGCAGCAUGGCUGAGUAUACUCUGACGCUUUGUGUGGACUUCUCAGGCAAAGAAGCCCGCUGCUGCGGCUGUGCCCCUCAAAGCAGCACCAAAAGCAGCUCCGGGCAAGGCAGCCUCGAAAGGCGCAGCUGCGUCCGCGACUGAGCCAGUCAAGUUCCGCAUACAUCCUGACGACGCCGACACUCGCGCUGCCGACCUGAUUCCGGAAGCAAUUCGUGGUAUGCUGGCCAGCUCGAAUUGGAAAGAGAGACUGCAAGGCAUGGAAGACUUCAACACUUGGCUGGGUGUGGAGGCUGCCGAAGUCGAGUGCGAGGUGAUUGUUCGAGCACUAGGCAAGAAGCCAGGAUGGAAAGAGAGCAACUUUCAAGUCAACGCAGAAGUGUUCAAAGCGCUACGCACGCUAGCUAAUGAGGCGACAUCCUUUGGCCGAUCAACAAUAGCCCUUUCCGUUCAGCCCUUGUGCGACAAACUGGGCGACAUCAAGUUGAAAGGGCCGGCCGGAGAGACGUUGGCUUUGUUCGCAGAAAAGACGAGCUUCGGCUUUGUCCUCGCUCAAGCCAUGGGCCCACUCUCGAACCUGAAAGCUCCGAAAGCAAUUGCCGAUUCGCUCCUCUGGAUUGACCAGGCUUUGUUGGAUUUUGGGACUCAGGGGGUAGACAUUCGAAGCUUGAUUGACUUCCUUGUCACCUGUCUGAAGUCAGCCAACGCAGCUGUUCGAACGAAUGCAACCCAGGUCACAGGCACUCUUGCUCGCUUUGUCGGUGCUGCACUCAACAACUUCUUGGGCGAUCUGAGCCCACAGCUCCGCACCAUCGUAGAGGGCGAAAUCGGCAAAGCUGGAGGCAAUCCUCCGCCCGCGCCCACGCGCUUCUCGGACGAGCUGCAGGUAAAGACACAAGGGGCAACCUCACACUCUGGAGCCGGUGAAGCGGCGGGAGCAGCUGCUGAUGAAGAUGAUCAAGAGGACGCUCUUGAGGCUCUCGUCCCGAGGGUGGAUAUCGACAAGAUCGUUCCGUCGGACGCCAUCGCUCUACUGAGCAGCGCGAUUUGGAAAGAGCGCAAGGAGGGCCUUGACACCAUUCAAGGAGUGGUGGCCGCGAACACGCGUCUCAAAGGCAACAUGUCGGAGCUCAGCGGUCCGCUGAAAUUGCGAUACGCCGAUAACAACAUGGCCAUCCGCACGACCGCUUUGGAUAUCAUUUCCAAGAUUGCUGCAGCGAUGGGCAAGCAAUUUGAGCCAAUCGCGCGAGCAUUUGCGGCCUCGGUCACACCGAUCCUGGGUGACGCUAAGGCACCAAUGAGAAUAGCUGGGACUAGCGCUUUGCAAGCUAUGGCCGAGGCCUCGGGCGUCGCGCCACUCAUCUCCGGAUUUGGCUCAGUGCUCGAAACCAAGGCAGCUAAUCCUGCGCUGCGUCAGGAGCUCUUUACGUGGCUUGCCACCUGGUUCGAGGCUCACCCGCCAGAGAAGGGUUUGGACCUGCAACCACUUGCCCUGUCGGCGGUCCAAACGCUGGACGAAAAGCUUGCAGCUGUGCGCAAAGCGGCGCAAGCUGUUCUGCCGUACAUCAUCAUGCGAUGCGGCUAUAAAUUUGUCGUUGAACAAACCAAUUCUUUGAAGCCGGCGCAAAAGAGUAGUGUGCUGCCUCUCAUCGACGCUGCCAAGAGCGAAGCUGCAGCUAAGGCACCCAAAGCCGCUCCGCCUCCAGCAGCGCCAGCGGCAAAGCCGCCUAGUAAGGCGCUUCCUGCUCGAGCAUCUGGUGUCGCUGCGCUUGCAAGAGCUUCCACUUCCGUUUCACCUGCUGCUUCUCCCUCGAGCAAGCUGAACGGUGCAAGUGCGCCUGCCUCGCGCCCUGCCAGCGCUUUGAGCCGGCCGUCGUCAGUCAAGCCACCCACCGCUGUUGGACGUUCGCUGAAGGCGCCCAGCGCGUCACGGCCGCAGUCCGUCCUCAGCAGUGACGACGUCUUUACAGACCGCGCACCAUCGACGGCCAUCAAGUCUAGGAUCGGUGCUCCUUCCUCACGCAAGCCCUCUGCCGUGCAGGAGAAAGCAGUGGAUAAAUCACUACCGUUCAUCAGUGCUGACAUCAAGUACAAGGCUGCUCGAGAACGCAAAGAGGGGCGGGGUCAGCAAUGGAUUGGCCCCGAUGCUACACCAAGACCCGAGCUUUCCGAGGUACUUCGCUCCCAUUGCGAGCAGCACCUAAGCGCCAGCCUCGUCGACUCACUGUUUUCGAAGGAUCACAAUGCCGAACGAGACUUCCUCUCCGCACUGACUCUGAUAUCAGACUUCACCUCAAGUCCUGAAUUUGUCCAGGAAGAAUACGGUUUAUCAGAUGAAGAGACGGCCGCGCGUGUCAUCGCCAACGCAGAUCUCGUGUUCAAGUACGUAGCUCUGCGGCUCACCGACAAUAAUACCAGCAUCUUCCUCAAGUGCCUGGAUGUCUUGGACCAUCUGGUCAACGCUCUGCGCGAGCAGCAGUACCAUAUGAGCGACUACGAGGCGAAUUCAAUCUUACCCUGCUUGGUCGGCAAAUUUGGCGACCCCAAAGUGGCCUUCCGAGACCGCAUCAGGGACAUCUUCCGCCGACUUGCUUUCAUCUUCCCUCCCAGCAAGAUCUUGAGCCACUUUGUGGAGAAUGGUCUGCCGUCCAAGAACGCCAAGGUACGAAUGGAGUGUCUCACGGAGCUUGGCUUCCUGUUCUCGAAGCAUGGCCUGCAGGUGUGCACUCCCGCGAAGACCCUUCCCAUCAUUGCCAAACAAAUCUCAGACCGUGACGCGUCGGUCCGCAAUGCUGCACUGCUAGCGCUAGGGGAAGCUUACCAAAUCGUAGGAGAGGAGGUCUGGAAACACGUGGGCUCGCUUCCUCCAAAGGAAAAGUCACUUCUCGAGGAGCGUCUCAAGCGCACAGCAGCGCCGCCGGUGCGCCAACCUUCCUCCGCCUCGAAUAGGCAAAGCAUGCUGCCGGCCUCGGCCAAGCCUGCGGGUCCUUCUAGGCUUGCACGCCCCUCCUCGACCAAUUCCGCGGCUUCCGGAGUCAGCGGUAUCGUGCCACCGGGCGCUGCGGCCAGUAGGAUGCGAAUGCCCAGCGGCAUCGCUCGGCCCGGAAGUCGUGCAUUUGCUGCGCCCGCAUCUUCAGAUGCCCCAAGCACAUCCGCAAAGCGUAAUUCUGGCGCCCCAGCUACGUCUGCCUCCGGGACACACGAUCUAGAUGAUGAAGAGGGCUCCGUGCAAGGAGACGUAGACGCAUACACUGUCGAGCAAACAGUCAACGAGGUUCUCAGCAGCGAUCCAGAGCGCAGUGUCGAGGCGCUCAAGUCGAUCGAGCGUUUCAUGCAUGAAGUGCAGCCGGCAAUGCCAGAAUAUGCAGAUCGAUUUGGUGUUGUCAUCACCAAGCAGCUGCAUCGAGUAUUCGCCUCGCCUUCCGAUCCAGGCAUCGACAGACUCAAAAAGCACCUACUCAUUGCCGCAACCACUUUCUUCGACCUCGAACGGGGAUGGAACAGCGACGCAUCCCCCCAGGCUGAGGGCGACGCUCCUGUGGGACGCCCGCUUGGCAACUUCGUGACACGAACCACAUUCGUCUCGUUGCUCACUGAGCUGCUGCAAAGGCUCAUAGAAUGCUCACGAGACGGUGAGACCCUCCAGCAAGAGGGCAAAUACAUCAACAUUGUGGUGCUGAGAAGCUUCUCCACUUGCCGUCUGAACGUGCUAUUUGGCGGAUCGCUAUCGAUGCUCGUGCAAGCGGCGGAGGACAUGGCGGAGCUACAAGGAGAGGUGCUGAAGCGUCGCACACAAUUUGCAGAGCUCAUCAUGAAGUGUCUCUGGAAGAUUGCAAGACGCUUACCGGAAGAGCUUCGAGGCGAUGCGCUCGAUGCACCCGAGCUGCUAGCCGAAGUGGAGACAUUCCUGCAGACUAUCCCACCUUCAGAGUGGCGUAGAAGAGGCAGUGAGAAUUUGCCGCUCGGCCAGCUGCCUCUGCGGACAAUCAAGGCCAUACUCGGCCACUUUGUUGAAGUGUAUGGAGAAAACGUCUUUUCGUUGCUCGAAAACCUCCAAGAUCCCGAAGAGAGUCACGUAUACAGUUACUUGUAUCGCCUCGUCUACAAAGAUGCGCAGCCGCAAACAGAGGACGCAGCGGUCACCGAGGAAGCAGAUCGAGCCGAAGCGGAAUUCGGGUCGAGUGCUGUUGCCAGGAAGUCUCUCAACGUCACCUCACCCCCAAUGUCGCCCAGUGUCCGGAGCGGAGGCCCACGUCUUUCUGCACCUGCGGACGAUGACCCAGCAGACAUGGAGCUGAAGACCAUCUUUGCCAAGAUUUCAAAAAAGGACGAGAGCAGGGAGGGCAUACACGACUUGUACUUGUUCCAGAAGAAAUACCCGCAGAAGGAAAGUGCUAUCGAAAGGGGUCUGGAGAACACCGGACAAUAUUUCCAACGAUACAUCAAGCGAGCCUUGGCAAAUCACGCGGCUGCGGAUCCGGACGCUGCUUCAAGAAUUCGAGGCGAAUCUGUCAAUGAAGCUGAACAGGCAACGGCCGUUGCUUCGCCCGUGCCACCUCCUACCACAGCAUCUGCGAGAUCAAGCCUUGCCUCUCCUGUUCUCCCCACCGAUCGACAUGACAGCCUGACACGAAAAUCCGUGCUGCUAUCCGACAUUGCACCGCCCCCCUCCCCCUCGAGCCAUCAGCGAGUUUCUUCUCAUUCGGACGAGCGCCUCGCUCAGCUCCGAGCCAAGUUUUCCCAGUCUCGGAACCCGUCAGAGCAAGCUCAAGCUGCGAAUAGCUAG